AUGUCGAAGCGAGGACGCGGAGGUUCCGCCGGGAACAAGUUCAGGAUGUCGCUCGGUCUGCCGGUCGCGGGGACUGUGAACUGCGCCGAUAACACUGGAGCGAAGAACUUGUUGCCUUCUGCUUGCGUAGAAGACAUGAUCUCCGUCAACGCAAGCCAUGGCGCCGAAAGGAUGGCGUUUUUAUGUAUUUCGAACUGGGUUUCUGGCCGAAAGGAUUGCCUCAACAGGUUGCCUUCUGCUGGUGUCAUUGUGAAUCCUAAGGGUGAAAUGAAAGGAUCUGCCAUUACUGGACCUAUUGGGAAUGAAUGUGCUGACCUUUGGCCUAGGAUCGCCAGUGCUGCAAAUGCUAUCGUUUAG